UCGUAACCGUUGCGGCGCCGCCAUUGGAACGAGCAGCGGCGGUUCCAGGCCGGCGAUGGUGCGGGAGGACGAGAAGGGCAUCCCGGUGCGUGUGGCGCUGCGCUGCCGGCCGCUGGUGCCCAAGGAGACCAGCGAGGGCUGCCGUAUGUGCCUGUCCUUCGUGCCCGGGGAGCCGCAGGUCGUGGUGGGCAAUGACAAGGCCUUCACCUACGACUACGUGUUCGACCCGUCCGUGGAGCAGGAGGAGGUUUUCAACACAGCGGUGUCGCCUCUGGUCCGAGGCAUCUUCAAAGGAUACAAUGCCACUGUCUUGGCCUACGGACAGACGGGGUCAGGGAAAACCUAUUCCAUGGGAGGCACCUACACUGCCACCCAGGAGCAUGAGCCCAGCGUGGGGGUCAUCCCCAGGGUCAUCAAGCUGCUCUUUGAGGAAAAACAGCAAAGGCAGGAUUGGGACUUCGUCCUCAAAGUUUCUUAUCAAAGGCAGGAUUGGGACUUCGUCCUCAAAGUUUCUUAUCUGGAGGUUUACAACGAGGACAUCCUGGACCUGCUGUGUCCCUCCCGAGAACGUUCCCAGAUCAGCAUCCGGGAGGAUCCCAAGGAAGGCAUCAAGAUUGUGGGGUUGACAGAAAGAAAUGUCACCUGUGCCCAAGAGACCGUGUCCUGCCUGGAGCAGGGGAACAACUCCAGAACUGUGGGAUCCACGGCCAUGAAUUCCCAGUCUUCCAGAUCCCAUGCCAUCUUCACCAUCUGCAUUGAACAGAAGAAGAAAAACGACAAGAAUUGCAGUUUUCAUUGCAAGCUACACCUGGUGGAUCUUGCUGGCUCUGAGAGACAAAAGAAGACCAAAGCUGAGGGAGACAGACUCAGAGAAGGAAUCAGCAUCAACAGAGGCCUCCUGUGCCUGGGGAAUGUCAUCAGUGCUCUGGGAGAUGACAAUAAAAAGGGAGGAUUCGUCCCUUACAGAGACUCUAAGCUGACCAGGCUGCUGCAAGACUCCCUGGGUGGGAACAGCCACACGCUGAUGAUCGCCUGUGUGAGCCCAGCAGAUUCCAACCUGGAGGAGACCCUGAACACUCUGCGUUAUGCUGACAGGGCCAGGAAGAUCAAAAACAAACCCAUUGUCAACGUGGACCCCCAGGCAGCUGAGCUGCACCAGCUGAAGCAGCAGGUCCAGCAGCUCCAGGUGUUGCUGCUCCAGGCCCAUGGAGGGACCCUGCCAGUGGCUCUCAAUGGCUUGGCCCCCUCAGAGAGCCUCCAAUCCCUGAUGGAGAAGAACCAAUCCCUGCAGGAGGAGAACCAGAAGCUGAGCCAGGGGCUGAGUGAGGCUGCUGGGCAAACAGCACAGAUGCUGGAGAGGAUCAUCCUGACAGAGCAAGAAAAUGAGAAGAUGAAUGCAAAACUAGAGCAGCUCCAGCACCACGCUGUGUGCAAGUUGGAUCUGCAGAAGCUGGUGGAGACUGUGGAAGAUGAGGAAUUAAAGGAAAAUGUGGAGGUGAUCCGGAACCUGCAGCAGGUGCUGGCUGAGCUGCAGAGUGAAAAUGCUGCCACCUCAGAAGCUUCUGCAGAGCUGUCAAACUCUGAACAGGAUUCCCCAGGUGAAGCAGAAGUGGGCCAGGAAUCCAAGAGAGCCUCCAACGACUUCAGCACCCAGCACGCCCUGCGCCAGGCACAGCUCUCCAGGGAGCUGCUGGAGCUCAACAAAGCCCUGACUCUGAAAGAGGCCCUGGCCAAAAAAAUGUCUGAAAAUGAUACCCAGCUGGGGCCCAUCCAGUCCCAGUACCAGACCAACAUCAAGGAUCUGGAAUUGGAGGUCAGCAAUUUGCAAAAGGAAAAGGAGGAAUUGGUCCUUGCUCUGCACAUGGCAAAGAAGGACAUCAACCAGGCCAAGCUGAGCGAGCGGCGCAGGAAAAGGCUCCAGGAGCUGGAAGCACAAAUGACUGAGCUCAAGAAGAAGCUGAAUGAGCAAUCCAAGCUCCUGAAGCUGAAGGAAUCCACGGAGCGCACGGUGUCCAAACUGAACCAGGAGAUCAGGGAAAUGAAGCAGCAAAGGGUGCAGCUGAUGCGUCAGAUGAAGGAAGACACUGAGAAAUUCAGGCAGUGGAAGCAGCAGAAGGACAAGGAAGUGAUCCAGCUGAAGGAAAAGGACCGUAAGAGACAGUACGAGCUCCUCAAGCUGGAGAGGGAUUUCCAGAAGCAGGCCAAUGUCCUCCGGCGCAAAACAGAGGAGGCAGCAGCUGCCAACAAACGCCUCAAGGAUGCCCUGCAGAAGCAGAAGGAGGUGGCGGAUAAACGGAAGGAGACCCAAAAUCGGGGCAUGGAAGGAAUUGCUGCACGAGUCAAAAGCUGGCUUGCAAAUGAAGUUGAGGUACUUGUCAGCACUGAGGAAGCUCGAAGACACCUGGCAGACCUGCUGGAGGACAGGAAAAUCCUGGCAAAGGAGCUCCUUCAGCUGAAAGAGAAGAAAGAUGCUGGGGAAAAUCCCCCUCCAAAGCUCCGGAGGCGCACGUACUGCCUGGCUGACCUGCAGGCUCCCUACACGGAUCUCUCGGUCUCCAAGCAGAUUGAGAGCCUGCAGACAGAGAUGGAGCUCAGGAGUGCUCAGAUAGCAGAUCUGCAGCAGAAACUCCUGGAUGCAGACAAUGGAGAUCGGGCCAAGCAGCGCUGGGACAGCAUUGCCACAAUCCUGGAGGCCAAAUGUGCUCUGAAGUAUCUCCUGGGAGAGCUGGUCUCCUCCAAAGUGCAGGAGAGCAAACUGCAGAGCAACCUGGAGCAGAGCCAGGCCAGCUGCUCUGACGUGCAGAAGAUGCUGAUGGAAGAGAGAAACCACACAGCAGAGCUGGAGGCAGAGUUCCAAAAUCAGAUUUUGGUGCAGGAACAGCAACACCAGGAAAAGGUUCUGUACCUGCUCAGCCAAUUCCAGCAGAAAGAAGCAGCAGAGAAGAGAUUGGAAGAUUCCCUGAACGAGCAGGAGAAACAACUGCAGGAGCGACUCCGGUUCCAGGAGGAAGAGCUGGAAAAAAUGAGGGAGAUCUGUGAGAAGAACCAGGAGCUCCUCCGGGAAAAUGACACUCUGAAACAGAAACUGCUGCUCCUCCAAAUUGCCAGUGGCCAGAAGCUCCGGCACAUCCAGCAAAGGCCACCUGAGUCUCCAGACUCUUCUUUUGAUUAUGUUCCACCUAAACCCAAGAACCGCCGGCAGACGACGGCCAAGCCCCGAGCACGCAGCCCCGAGGUGGAUGUGGAGGAGCUGCUCUCUGACUCUGGGGAAGGGGAGGAUUCUGACUGGCUUCCUGGGAAAGCAGGCAGAGGAACAAGGAAAACCCUCACAGGGUGCUCGUGCAAGGGCCGCUGUGGGAACAGGCAGUGUGGCUGCAGGAAGCAGAAGCUGGGAUGCACCGACGGCUGCAGCUGCUCCCCGGCCACCUGCAGGAACAGGGACCGGGGCCUGGAAACCACAACAUGUGAGGAGCACAAAAGGGACUUGGAAGGGUCCUUGAAGCUGGAAGAUCCCACGGAGGUGAAAGCAGCAGAGAGCUUCUUCCAGCCCGUGUGUGUCACCCCAACCACUAAGGUCCUGCAGGACCUCACAGAGCAGGAGGUGCUCCUGAAGAUUCCCAGCACUGCCACCUCCCUGCUCGGGAGGGAUGAGGAGUCCCGGGAGAACCAGAACCCCUUUGGGAAGAAGAAGAAAAGGAUGUUGAGCAGCAACAUCAGCUUCUUCUCAGGCUGCACCCCCAUCAAGGAGGAGUUUAACUGACCUGGAGCUUUCCCAUCCCUUUAGGCCACGUUCCUGGUGAUGUUAGAGGGAGUUGGAUUCUCCUGCUGGAGCAGCAGCUCCUGCCCUCAGCAAGGGAGUCAAACUCUGCUUCUUGCUGGUUGUGUCUGUAAAUAUUUGUGUGUUGGGCUAGGGGAAGGGUAAGAAUCUUUCCUCUGGAAUUCCUGGUGUGAAUGGAGGUGAUUUUCCAGGUGGGUGUUCCCAGCUCCCUCCCUCCUGCUGAGCUGUGAACGCUGGGUACAGUUUCACCUGUAAUCUUGAAAGAACUUCGCCUUUGCACCGGAGAUCUGCUCCUGCUUUUUCCCACGGAGCCUGAAGGAACUUUUCCAGCUGCCCUGGGAGAUCCAUGGAGUGAAAAGGGCCUGGCUGAAGUCUUAAAUCAGCAGCUCUGAAGUGGUCAGGCUUCCUGGCCCCUUUGGCCGCUGGACUGUCCUUAGUCAAUGAACUAGAACCUUGACCUAUGUGAAUAAUGUAGGAAUUUUAACUCUGGUUUGCAGUUUUAAUAAAGGAAUUACUAAAGAAA